AUGGCAAACGUAGAGGAACUUCCAAACCAGCCCGCCACAAGGUACAAGCGAAAGCUGACCGAUGCUCGACGGGAACAGAACCGGCGCGCACAAAAGCUAUGGCGCGAGAGGCAGAAGAAACAACGAGAUGAGGACGUGAAAUCUAAAGUCCUCCAGCAACUGACUGAACUGGAUACGGAGGCGCAUGAUGAGGUACAGAAUGACAGUGCCUGGUCUGCCGAAGUUGUUCAGAGCACGAAUGGCCGUGUUUGUCCUAAUACUUUGCCCCUGGAGAGUACUGUCGCUCUGGACUUCGCCCCAGUCGACAUGAAUGACCCGGUCAUCAUGCAGUUUACUCCGGAGCAUACAACUAUCAGCCCUGAGGCGCUACCAAGUCUGCCUGACCCGGAUAUGCCUUUACCCAUGGCAAUAUACUACUAUGUACCUCCCGAUCCCACAAUGGAGGAUAUGCGGUUCGCGUGGCCUGUAGACGGGAAUAUAUGGCAGAAGAUGUACACCAAGCCACCCGCAUUUAGACCAGCAGGAAGUUCGAUCCAGCCCACUACAUCGUCCUCAUUUUCCAGAGAUCAUUCCGAAUCAGCUUCAUAUCCCAUUGACCCCUUCUCAACAGAUAUCGCACCAACACCUCGAUCCAGUAACGACGGUUUGCUCCCGUCGCUGUACCUCAACCAUCUUCAACUAGUCGGCGAAAGCUGCUUCGCCGCGACUCUAUCAAUUGCACAAUGCCUUGCAAUCUCGAGAGCAUCAUACAUCAACGAUCACCCAUCGCCAUUCACGACCGCAUCCAAUAGCACCAUCAGCUUGAUACCGCCGGACCUACGGCCUUCCGGUGUCCAACUCCUGCUCCCUCACCCAUGCUAUCUAGACUGCAUCCCAUUCCCGCACUUUCGGAACAUCGCGAUAUACCUCUCCAGCUUGAAGAAACUGGACCACUGCAGUCUUUUCCUGGACUUGAUGCACGACGGGUUAGUAUGCUGGGGCCGAGCACGUGCAAAUGGCAGACAUAGGCGUAGCAUGCGCGAUGGCGUCGCUUGGAGCAAACGGAGUUGGGAAGCCAGACCGUGGUUCUGGCGGAAGUGGGGCUGGCUGGCACGGCUGACGAUCGAGGAAAUCGAUAGUGGCUCGUACUCUGAGAGAGAAAUUGAUGACGAUGUUGAUGACGAGGAUGGAAUGUUGAGCGGUAGCCAGUGGUGGUGGUCUCAGCAGGCUGACGAUGAUGUUGAGGACUCGCUGAUGAUUUCGAACAGCUCGACUUCAGGGUCCAGUAGUCGUGGUGCUAUCGGAAAUCAAGGCAGGGAAGAAUAUGGUAGCAUGCUCAGUCGUGUGGUUGUCUGCAAUGUCGGGAUUCGUAAUAAGGAAGACAUUUAUCCAUGGGAUUAG